AGGAGAGGGAGAGGGGGGAGGGAGGGGGAGGGGAGACGAUGGAGGGCGCUGUGGUAAGCGCUUCCAUGGGUGUGAUUGGCCCGCUCCUCGCCGAGCUUACCAUCUUGUGUGCGCGCUUGCCCGAAGGCCGCCCAAAAACGGAGAUGGAGUUCUUCGAGGAGAAUCUGAGGAGCAUCCAGGAGAUGGUGUCCUCUCUCCACGCCGUGAAGAUGUCUCACAUGGUGGAAGAGGACGCGCUGCUGAAGAAGAGGUGGGCGAAGCAAGCCCGGGAGAUCGCCUACGACACGCAAGACUUCGUCGACCUCUUCAGGCACGGCGCCGGCCUGUCUCUGUCUGAUGACACGGCCGGGGUUAUGCCCAAGACUGCUGGGCGUCUCAAGAAGCUAAGGAGGUUCAGUAGCCGCCCCAAGCAGCCAAGGUUAGAUCGUGAGAUGGUCAACAAGGUCGAGGAGCUUAAGGCUCGUAUGACCGAAUUGAUUGAGCGGCACAGGAGGUUCAAGAUCGCCAUGGAUCCCAGCUCCCCCCCAAAACAAGACGUGCCCGGUUGUUCAGGGCAUCAGAUCCAGAUCCAGAUCCAGAGUGAGGCAUCCUCUUCUGGUACUCGUACUUCCAGGUGCCCAUCUGUGCCCAUAGAUGCUUAUUUCUCGGCACUCUAUGCCGGGGGAGACGGACUUGUUGGCAUCGAUGGCCCCAGCGACGAUCUCACCGCGCUGCUCAUGGAUGACAUGCAACAAUUGAAGGUGGUUUCUGUUCUGGGUCCUGAAGGUAUAGGAAAGACCACACUUGUCAGGGAGGUUUAUCGCAAUAUUCGAGGCCGAUUUGAGUACUGUGCUCUUGUGUCAAUGUCCCAAAAGACAGGCAUUCAGGAGAUUCUCCAAGCAUUUCGAUCACAGCUCAGUGCACAAGAUUGUGCCAGCGUAGAGGCGUGCCAAGAGGAGCAACUCACACAUAAGCUCAUACAAGUACUGAAGGGCAAGAGGUACUUUGUCGUGCUCGAUGGUGUGUGGAGCACACGAGCCUGGAGAUUGAUCAGAUGUGCUUUGCCUGGAAACAAUAAUGGAAGUCGAAUAUUGAUGACGACAUGCAUCGGUAACAUAGCUACGUCAUGUUGCUCAACUACUGGAGACUCAAUAUAUCGAAUGAAAUGCCUUCCAGAACUAGAAGGAAGAAGAUUAUUCAUCGAGAGAACAUUUGGCCUUGAAAAGUGGCAGUUUCCUUCUUGGUUAAAAGAAGUUUUCAAUGAAAUACCGAGAAAAUGUGGUGGGUGGCCAAUCGUAAUCCUUACCAUAGCUAGUUUGCUGGCCACUAAGUCGAGUUCAGAAGAGCAUUGGAAAAUGAUACAAAGUUCUAUUGGUUUAGCACUUGUGCGUCCCCACAGAAGAAAAGGCUUAGCGCUUGAGCAGAGCCAGGUCCACAGCUGUGACAGUUUGCAAGGAGUGAAAAAUAUACUGUACAUUUGCUACAAUGACCUUCCCCAGCAUUUGAAGACAUGCUUACUGUAUCUAAGCACAUAUCCGGAAGGCUAUGUCAUCGGAAGAGAUCAUUUAAUAAGAAGAUGGAUAGCUGAAGGCUUCAUCAGCUUGAGAAGUGAACAUGAUAACUUAGAAGAAGCGGGGCAGUGCUAUUUCAAUGAACUUAUUAACAGGGGGAUGAUCCAACCUGUGGGAAUCCAGUAUGAUGGUCAAGCUGAUGCCUGCCAAGUCCAUAGUUUGAUUCUUGGUCUAAUUGUAUCCAUAUCUGCUGAAGAAAAUUUUGUCACAUUGUUUGAUGGCCACGAUCAUGAAUUGGGCAUAACAGACAAGGUCCGACGGUUAUCUCUCAACUACCAUGGUCAACAGCAUUUUGUUGUGCCAUCAACCAUAACUUUCUCUCCUAUCCGAUCACUCACAAUUUUUGGGUCCACUCAAGGUGCACCGAUUUUUUCAAACAGUCAAGCUCUGCGGGUGUUUGAUUUGGAUGUUCAGGAAGAUCCAGGGAAAAAAUAUCUUGGAACUAUAGGGAGCUUUUUUCAGUUGAAGUAUUUGCGACUCCAAAUGAGUGGAGUUGUUGAGCUUCCUGAACAAAUAGGGGAACUGCAGUUUCUUGAGACUCUUGAUCUUACCAAUACUUCCAUCACAAAGCUGCCAAGAAGCAUUCUUCGCUUAUGGCGUUUGGUAUAUUUACUUGUCUGUAAUGUGGAAUUGCCAGAUGGAGUUGGUGACAUGCGGUCUCUGGAGGAGCUUUCAGGGAUUCAAGUCAACACCACCAACUCAACAAAUUCACUGUUGGGUGUGGGACAGCUGACUAAACUGAGGAUUGUUCAGCUAAUAUGGUCCAUUUCUGAUGCGUGUGGUGAUAUCAAAGGAUACGAGAACAAUCUGCUCUCAUCGCUCAAGGAACUAUCCAAGCUCCAAUCUCUAAGCAUCGAAAGCAAAGAUGGUUCUUCUCUCAGUUUCUUGGAUUCUUGGUCGCCUCAACCUCAGCUUCUUCAGAAACUCUGUUUGACAGGAGGAUAUUAUUUCCCCAGAAUUCCAGAGAGGGUAAUCUCACUUGUCAACCUUGAUUUCCUCGACAUCAGGGUUUAUCAAGUGGAAGACGAAAUGAUGAAUGCUUUGGGGUCCCUGCUAGUCCUGUUAGUUCUCAGCUUAUCAUCGCAGGUUGCAGCCUCAAAACAAAGGAUAGUGGUUCAACCCGGUUUGUUCCACUGUCUGACGAAAUUUACACUCACUUGCUUGAAUAGCUGGACAGGGUUGGUAAUCGAACCAGAGGCUCUGCCAAAGCUAGCAAGGCUUGGGCUUUUGUGCUAUAUGCAGGGAUGGAGAGAUCCUGUGUGUGGUGAUUAUGGCAUCAAGUAUCUCUCUUCUCUCAAAAAUCUCCAUGUUGAGUUCACCUUCGGGUGUGCAGGGAUUUGGGAGGUUGCCAUAAGAACCCCUAAGAAUCCGCCACCACAAGUUCAAAUAUUGGACGAACAUCGUAUGGUGGAGGAAGCGGAAAUCAUAGAAGCGGUGGAGUCCUUAUCUACACACGAAAGCACUGACGAAGAAUCUGCUAUCUACAAAGAUGCUAAAAUGCUCCCUAUGCCUCCCAUGUACGAUGUGGAAAUGGAUUUCCAAUCUUCACAGGAAAGCCCAGAAGUGUAUGACAUGUCUCCAAGCAUCCAUCCGCACAAACUUACAUCAGCGACCUCUGAGCUAGCUUUCCACAACCGUGAAAUCAUGGAGGUUGCUUUGGUGAGUGUGGCGACGGGGGUCCUGAAGCCCGUCCUGGAGAAGCUAGCCGCCCUUCUCGGCGAUGAGUACAAGCAUUUCAAAGGCAUACGCAAGGAGAUCAAUUUCCUCACUAACGAGCUCGCUGUCAUGGAGGCUUUCCUCCUGAAGAUGUUAGAGGAGGAGGAUCCUGAUGUGCAAGAAAAAAUUUGGAUGAAUGAGGUGCGGGAGCUGUCCUACGACAUGGAGGAUGCCAUCGACGACUUCAUGCAAAGCGUCGGUGAGAAAGAUGAAAAGCCAGAUGGCUUCAUUGAGAAGAUCAAGAGCUCGCUAGGGAAGUUGGGGAAGAUGAAGGCUCGUCGUCGGAUGGGCAAGGAGAUUCAGGAUCUGAAGAAACAGAUCAUAGAGGUGGGUGCGAGGAAUGCAAUGUACAAGAGUCGUGAGACCUUCUCCAAGAACGCCAACACGACCGUUGACCCUAGAGCUCUUGCUAUUUUCGAGGAUGCAUCAAAACUCAUUGGAAUUGAUGAGCCCAAGGCUGAGAUAAUCAAGCUGUUAACAGAAGAGGAUGUUUGUGCUUCAGAGCAACAACGACAACAACAACUGAAGAUAGUCUCCAUUGUUGGACCUGGAGGUAUGGGCAAGACAACUCUUGCGAACCAAGUGUAUCAAGAGCUAAAAGGAAAAUAUGAGUGUUCGGCUUUCGUCUCAGUUUCACGAAAUCCAGACAUGACGAAUAUCUUGAGAACCAUUCUAAGUAAAGUGGCUAAGAAAGACUAUGCUACCACUGAAGCAGGGAAUAUACAACAACUCAUCGACAAUAUCAUAGAUUUUCUAGCAGACAAAAGGUACUUUGUUGUUGUUGACGAUAUAUGGGACGUGAAUACAUGGGAUAUUAUUAAGCGUGCAUUCCCCGCUACAAGUUCUACCAGUAGAAUAAUCACGACUACUCGUGUAAACAAUGUCGCUCAUUCAUGUUGCUCGUCAUUCAAUGGCUGUGUUUACAAUAUAAGGGCUCUUGAUAUGAUGCACUCAAGACAGUUAAUUUACAGAAGGUUAUUCAGGUCUGAUGAAGAUUGCCCUUCAUACCUUCAAGAAAUUUCUGAGCAGAUAUUGGAAAAAUGCCAUGGGUUACCUUUGGCGAUCAUUGCUAUAUCUGGUUUGUUGGCUAACACAGAAAAAACAGAAGUUCUAUGGAAUCAAGUGAAAGAUUCAAUUGGUCGUGCACUUGAAAGGAAUCCUAGCGUCGAAGGAAUGAUGAAGAUAUUGUCACUCAGUUAUUUUGAUCUGCCUCCUUAUUUAAAAACUUGCCUCUUAUACCUGAGCAUGUAUCUAGAAGAUUCUACUAUUAAGAAGAAGGGCCUGAUAAGAAGAUGGAUUGCUGAAGGAUUCAUUCAUAGCGAGGGUAGAUACACGGCAUAUGAGAUAGGAGAAAGGUGUUUUAAUGAACUACUCAAUAGGGGUUUGAUCCAAACUGGGGAGACAGAUGACUAUGGCAAGGUGGAUAGUUGUCGAGUUCACAACAUAAUUCUUGAUUUUAUCAUAUCCAAGUCUAUAGAAGAGAACUUCGUUACUUUACUUGGUGUUCCCAUUUUGAGAACUUGGGACCAAAGCAAAGUUAUUCGUCGACUCUGUCUACAAGGUGCCAAAGAAGAAAAUUUAACAGUACUGACAGCAGGUCUCGUCUUGUCCCAUGUCCGAUCACUUAUCGUGGUUGGAGGUCUUGUCAAAAUCCCUUCUUUGGAGGAGUUCAGACAUCUGCGUGUUCUCGACUUGAUGGAUUGCUCCAAAUUGGAAGAUCAUCAUCUUGAAAAUAUAGUGAGGUUGUUCCAGCUGAGGUACCUGAAUCUCAAAGGUACAGAAAUAAGCAAGCUGCCAGAACAAAUCGGGCGUUUAGGGUGCUUAGAGUUUCUGGACCUAAGAGGCACUCGUGUAGGGGAAUUACCUGUAUCUAUUGUGAAUCUCAGAAAAUUGAUGCAUCUACUUGUUGAAGUUGAUGUUAAAUUUCCUGAUGGGAUUGCGAAGAUGCAAGCACUAGAGACGUUGGAAGAUGUGGGGGUCUACAUUCAGCUAUUUGAUUUCCUGUGUGGCCUUAGCCAACUAAAGAAUUUGAGGAAUCUGCAACUUGACCUUCGUUUUGGAGUUGAUUCUGGCACUGAGGAUACGGAUGUGGUUGGUGAGGAGCGCAACAAAACUAUGGUCUCUUCCCUGUGUAACCUAGGCACCCAGAACCUCCGCUCCCUGACUAUUUAUGAAGGGAGUAGCCUCUUACAAGAACCUUUGUGCUUGCCUGCCCUUGAGAAACUUAUUACCUGGUCUUCAGCCAUCCCGCAGGUUCCGACAUGGAUGAGCUUUCUCAUAAACCUCCAACAGGUACGCAUUCAAGUGGAGGGGGUCAAGCAGGAUGAUUUUUGCAAGCUUGGGGCCUUACCCAGUCUUCUCGUUCUGCACCUUGUGGAGGGAGAAACAGACUCAAACGAAAAGCUCAGAAUUAGUGGUGAAGUUGGGUUCCGAUUCUUGAAUACUUUUAUUUAUGAUGCAUGUUCUAAACCAGUAGAUCUGAUGUUUGGCGCAGGGUCCAUGCCCAAGCUAGAAAAAAUCUUUUUUUAUUAUUUUAGCGCAGUUGAAGCCAACUCUCUGGGCUUUGGAAUGGAGAACCUCCCCAGCCUCACUAGUGUCAGAUGUCUUGGUGUUUUGGGUGAUGAUGGCAUUUUUGAAGCCCUGAAGACUGCCAUGGAGAGAGCAGUCAGCACACAUCCCAACCACCCUAGUCUACGCUUUGAGGGAAUUGCUUCUGCUUCUGGAGUUUAAUACUCAUGUCUAGCUCGAUUCAUCUCUCUUUUAUGAUACACUAUUCUCUCCGUCGCGUAAUGUACUAUGGAUAAUGAUACAAAAUUGUAGAAUUGGUUAAGACUGCUACUGUACUGCAUUUUCUGUAAUAAUCAAUCAUCCGUGUUGAUGGUUCAAUAAUAUUGGGCGACCAUUCGUAGUCGUCAUUCUCUA